AAUAUUAAAUACUGUUCGUUUUCAAAUUGUCACCCUGUAUAAACCGAGACCUGUGCGAAGAGGACAGAAACAAUCAGAUACGAAUUUGGGUAAGUCCAAGAUGUCCUAAACUCCCCUCAGGAAGUUCAGUAUUGGAUGGUGAAUCCCGAUCAGGAUUUAAACUUGCAUUUCUAGAUUUCUUAUAUUCAUAUAGGCAAAGCAAUAUUGAGUGCUUGAAGGAAUGGGAAGAUAGAAUCAAAACAGCCGAUCUUCGUGAGAUUAAAGUAUCCCUUAUAUUUGGUUGUCCAGGUGUACAUUCUCCUAGAAAAAACGGAUGUCCAUUACAUUAUGUGGGACACCUCUUAAGUAAGGACUGUAUUAUACCAGACUCAAAGAAAAAUCAUAGUUCUUGGGGAAUUGUAGCGCAUACUGGAUCUAUGGGAUUACUAGGAAAGAGUCCUGAAGAAUAUCUAUAUUCAUGGGUCUUAAAAUCAUUAGGUAGCAAUGUUGAGUCGCCAUAUCUUCCCACAUUGCCUUCUAUGUUCAAUGGGAAAUUCAGUCUAGUCUAUCCUUCAAUUAAAAACGCAUUAGAUACUCCAAGGGGUGCCCGUUGUUGUUGUUAUGAAAAGGGAGUUCGAGAAUUACAACCCUGGUUAAAUGAAUACACAUGUGUGUGGAAAGCUGACAAAACAAAAAGAAGCAAGGCUAUUUCCCAAGCAAAAUGUUAUUUUAGGAUAUCUCCAUGUUUAAAGAAACUGGUCUAUUUUUAUUUAACAAGCUCAAAUCUGUCAAGAUCUGGGUGGGGCGCAGUACCACAGAGAGAGUCAACAGUUAGAUUCCAGUCGUUUGAAUUAGGAUUAUUGUUCUUGCCAAAGUAUUUUGAAAUGGAGCACUUUGAGAUAGCAGAUCCUUUUGACGGAACAAGCGGGAACAAGUUUCCUGUUAUGUUCGAUUUGCCAUUAACACCAUAUGGUCCUGAAGAUGAAAGUUAUUGCCUAGAGGUGUGCAUGGAGAGAGGCUUAAUAAAUUCAGAUAAACCUAAGCCGGUUGAUUUUCAAAAUGCAGAUCAGCCUGUGCCAACGGGAAUUAAAAUACCUACUGAAGAGUAUAAAACAACAGAAAGAAAGAAAAAUAUUUCAAUAAAAGAUGUAUCUCUUGGUGUUAAACUGGCACUAGAGAAUACAUUUUUUCCCACUUCUAGUAAUAAGAUUUAAAUUUUUAUUUAUAAAAAAAUGCCUAAUGUUUUGUUCAUAUUAAAAUAUAGUAAAGUUUAUUUUCUACUGC